CAACGGCAGGAUUCCUUACAUAUGGUGAUAAACACUUAGUCAGCCCAACCAAGAACAACUAUCAACGUUGACUUGGCCAUAGGAAGGUGAAGUUCAGCUAGUUUUCACAGGGCUGAAGGUUGACCAAUCGGACAACGCACGGACACGGACGGCAGCAUUGAAGGGUGGAAGGCGCAACUUGAGCAUCCCAAUUUCAUUUUCUUCCUCACAUCACCCGGAGCAAACACUGUCAGGCCGACACAAUACCCAGGUAUCUACCAGACGCCAGACACCCGAAAGUCGACACGAGAGACCGACCACGACGCCAAACGCAAUGGCGACCCAGACGCUUCACGGCUCUUGCGCCUGCGGUCGCAACCGCUACGUCGUCCAAAUACCGUCACAGCAAACGCAGCAAGCUGAAUUGAGAUACGACAACACGGCUGCCUCGCGCCACCACUCAGCUUCUCCACUCACGCUCUGGCUGCGCGUGCCACUACUCUGGUAUACCUCAGCGACGUUUGCACAGUUCCCCGACGAAACUCGAUCGAGCAUCCAGCGCAGUUUCGUUUCACCCUUCGCCGCGAACAUACACCGCCGCCAAUUCUGCGGAUACUGCGGUACACAGCUGUCGUCAUGGAACGAGCGGACACGCGAGGAAGCUGAGCACAUUUGCCUAACUGUCGGCAGCUUGCUAGAUGAAGAUCAGGCCAUGCUGGGCGAGCUGGGUUUCCUGCCGGGUAGCGAGAGUAGCGAUGACGAGGUCAGUGUGAAUGUCACAGGGCCCGCCUCUCGCGCACAUGCUCAGGCUCAGCGGAGCGUUGCAUCCUCUGAACCGCAAGCGCGCGGCGCACCUUGGUUCGAAGAAAUUGUGCAGAACACGCGGUUGGGGCGCUUCAAACAGCAGCGCGGUGGGCAUUCAGACAGUGGCGUACACGUGGAGUGGGAAGUCACGGAAUGGACUGAAGGUGGUGACGCCGACGACGAGGCUGGCGCUCCAUCGUCAACCAAGCGGAAGAUUGGCGAUGUUGAGGCUAGCGAUGAUACCGAGAUGCGGAGCACCUAGGCGCCGCAUUCUGUCCUUUGCACCGCGUGGCUUUGCGCGGGUUAUUGUUGUUAUUAGAUGGGGUUUGGCUCACGCUGGACGAGGACAUAAUUCGUACAGGGAAUUAACGGAUGGGAUCUGGAACAGCGACAUGGGCUCGGAGUCUGCACGGAGCAUUGAAGGAGUACAGUAUAUAUAAGAACGAACAAUGGCGUUUUCACUACACUUAU